AUGAGCAGUCCAAAGGACGCAGGAUCCAGUAGCUCGCGCGCACAUAGUGGCUCAUCCCCGCUCGACGUCGACGGAUACCCGGUCGCGCCGCCCGACCUCGAGCUCGCGCAGGUGCACGUCUACAUCAGACAUGGUGAGCGCGCACCAGUGGGCGUGCGUCUGACCGACCCGCCCGCGGGACUCCCAGAGCACUGGAUGUUGUGCCAUACUGCGCGGAACUUCCAGGCGGCGGUGGCGAGCGGAAGUGCGGCCAUCCCCGGCGCCCCGCGGGUCGUGGGGUGGAGCAGUAGGGGCAAGGGGGAGUCGCUCCAGACGCGGCGCGUCGUCGAGCGUGUAGACGGUGCCGCUGCUCCUGGGGAAUGCCUUCUGGGCGAGCUGACCGACGUGGGGAGACAGACGACGUACGAUUUUGGCGUUGCUCUGCGCAGGCUGUACAUAGACAGACUCGGGUUCCUUCCUGACGUCGCUAGCUUAAAUGAAGAGGUCUAUCUGCGGUCGACGAACGUGCCGCGAACCGUAGAGAGCCUCCAGCAGAUUACACACGGCCUCUAUCCCGAAUCGAAGUCCGGGGGCUUCGCGCCGCAGCUGAGAAUACGGAAUGCACGCGACGAGAACCUCUUCGGCAACACUGGGGCGUGCAAGCAGCUGGAGGUCCUGCAGAUUGGCUUCGCGAAAGCCGCGGCGAAAGAGUGGAACGAGUCUCUCGCCGGUCUGGACCACAAAUUGUCGAAAUACCUGGGAGGCACGGGGCUGAGGCUGGACGGGAAACCCAGGGCUUCGGGGGUUCUUGACACGAUAAGAGCAGCAACUGCACAUGGUGUUCCUGUCCCGUCAGAAUUCAAGGAGCCCGAGGUAAUGGGGUUGAUAGAAAAGGCGGUCGUUCAUGAAUGGUUCGCAGACAAGACGGAGGAAGUCAGGAGACUCGGCAUGGGACCGCUUCUGGGCGAUCUCGCGCACAAGUUGCACGCCAAGGCGGCGAAUGGGGCGGCAGAUCCACUCAAGAUCCUGAUCCAUAGUACGCAUGACACCAGUCUGGCUGCGCUGUGUAGUACGCUGGACGUCUUCGACGAAAGGUGGCCUGCCUUCUCUUCCUCGAUCACUUUCGAGCUCUUCCGAAAACGUCAAGCGACCGAGGCGCAGCCGUCGAUAUGGCAGAGCGUGAUGGCGCCCUUCCAGAAGCAGCGCUCAAGCCCUUCGUCUGAGCACUACAUCCGGAUGCGUUAUCAAAAUCGAGAUUUGGCGCUGCCGGUUUGCGCUGGUGAGGGAAAGCAUUACCCAGGUGCGCCGGAGUUCUGCACUUUGGACGCCUUCCGGGAGCGCGUCGAGCAGCUGACGCCGGUGGAAUGGGAGGCUGAGUGCACCCCACCGGCUUCGAUAUGA